AGGGGCCGGGACCCGGGCCGCUUGCCCAGGUUCCCCGGACUGCGGAAGGAGGACGUGGGUGGGUGGCUUCAGGCCCGCUGGGCCGCCUCCCUUAACCCGGUGACACCUAAGAAAAGGUGGACAAGUCCUAUUUUCAAGAGAAGAUGACUUUUAACAGUUUUGAAGGAUCUAAAACUUGUGUACCUGCAGACAUCAAUAAGGAUGAAGAAUUUGUAGAAGAGUUUAAUAGAUUAAAAACUUUUGCUAAUUUUCCAAGUAGUAGUCCUGUCUCAGCAUCGACACUGGCACGAGCCGGUUUUCUUUAUACUGGUGAAGGAGAUACUGUGCGGUGCUUUAGUUGUCAUGCAGCAGUAGAUAGGUGGCAAUAUGGAGACUCUGCAGUUGGAAGACACAGGAAAGUAUCCCCAAAUUGCAGAUUUAUCAACGGCUUUUAUUUUGAAAACAGUGCCGCACAACCUACAAAUUCUGGUGUCCAGAAUGGUCAGUACAAAGGUGAAAACUACCUGGGAAGCAGAAAUCAUUUUGCUUUAGACAGGCCAUCUGAGACUCAUGCAGACUAUCUUUUGAGAACUGGACAGGUCGUAGAUAUAUCAGACACCAUUUACCCAAGAAAUCCUGCCAUGUGUAGUGAGGAAGCUAGAUUAAAGUCAUUUCAGAACUGGCCAGACUAUGCCCACUUAACCCCAAGAGAGCUAGCUAAUGCUGGACUCUACUACACGGGUAUUGAUGAUCAAGUGCAGUGCUUUUGUUGUGGUGGAAAACUGAAAAACUGGGAACCUUGUGAUCGUGCAUGGUCAGAACACAGGCGACAUUUUCCUAAUUGCUUCUUUGUUUUGGGCCGGAACAUUAAUAUUCGAAGUGAAUCUGAUAUUGUGAGUUCUGAUAGAAAUUUCCCAAAUUCAACACAACAUCCAAGAAAUCCAGCCAUGGCAGAUUACGAAGCACGGAUCAUUACUUUUGGGACGUGGAUAUACUCAGUUAACAAGGAGCAGCUUGCAAGAGCUGGAUUUUAUGCUUUAGGUGAAGGUGAUAAAGUAAAGUGCUUUCACUGUGGAGGAGGGCUAACUGAUUGGAAGCCCAGCGAAGACCCUUGGGAACAACAUGCUAAGUGGUAUCCAGGGUGUAAGUAUCUGUUAGAAGAGAAGGGACAAGAAUAUAUAAACAAUAUUCAUUUAACCCAUUCAACUGAGUCUCAGGUAAAAACUGAUGAAAAAACAUCACUAAAUAAAAGAAUUGAUGAUACCAUCUUCCAAAACCCUAUGGUACAAGAAGCUAUACGAAUGGGAUUCAGUUUCAAGGACAUUAAAAAAAUAAUGGAGGAAAAAAUUCAGACAUCUGGGAGCAAUUAUAAAUCACUUGAGGUUCUGAUUGCAGACCUAGUUAGUGCCCAGAACGACAGUACCCAAGAUGAAUCAAAUCAGACUUCAAUGCAGAAAGAGAUCAGUACCGAAGAGCAGCUAAGGCGCCUCCAGGAGGAGAAGCUUUGCAAAAUCUGUAUGGAUAGAAAUAUUGCCGUGGUUUUUAUUCCUUGUGGACAUCUGGUCACUUGUAAACAGUGUGCUGAAGCAGUUGACAAAUGUCCCAUGUGCUACACAGUCAUUACGUUCAAGCAAAAAAUUUUUAUGUCUUAAUCUAGCUCUACAAUAGGCAUGUUAUGUCCUUCUUACCACCCUGAUUGAAUGUGUGAUGUGAACCGACUCGAAGUAAUCAGCAUUGAAUUCCAUUAGCGUUUGAUACCAAGUAGGAAAAAAAUGUAAGACGGCAGUGUUUUAGUUGGCAAUCUGAAAUCUCAGUUUCUGGAUUUUUCAGGGUAUUAGCUGUACUAAUCUGAUCUAAUUUUUCCCCCGUUAUUUAACUGAAACCCUAGACUAAGAAGCAUCCUGUUUGAACUGAUCAUAAUUUGUAUUCAUAGCACACUGACUUUGUUCCUAAGUGUAAGUGAGUUAAUCAUUUAAAUUUUGCACUCUUUUCAUAUAGAUCGAAUAAUUGGAACAUUCCAUAUCAACAGGGAGAUGAAAGUCAUCUCCCCACUUACAUAGUUUGUUUCGUGUGAAAAGGAGUGAAGUGUUCCACACUGGUGAAAAGAUAAUUUUUCAAUGUUUGUCUUUGUGUUGUAGAAUUCUGUCCAUUUUCUUGUAGAAUUGUAAACACUUAUUGGUGUGAAUGAUUUAAACCAAGUGAUUUUGCCAAUUUCAAGAGAGUGUUUCAGGAUAGACUACCAUCUAGCCAACAUGUACUGACAUGGAAAGAUGUCAAAGAUAUAUUAAGGGUAAAAUGCAAGCGGCAAAACACUAUGUAGAAUAUGAGCCAAAUCCAAGGUGUGUGUUUUCUGUAUGUGUAGAGCAAAAGGUUUGGAAAAAUAUGCACCAAUCUGUUAAAUGUGGUUUGUCUUCAGGGGGUGGGGGACAGGUCCCAGUGGGGUUUAUAGGGGCCUUUCACUUUCUGGGUUUUUUUCAUUUUUUGUUCUGUUUGAAUUUUUUAUAAGUAUGUAUUACUUUUGUAAUCAGAAUUUUUAGAAAGUAUUUUACUGAUUUAAAGGCUUAGGCAUGUUCAAACGCCUGCAAAACUACUUAUCGCUCAGCUUUAGUUUUUCUAAUCCAACAAGGCAGGGCAGUUAACCUUUUUGGUGCCAAUGUGAAAUUUAAAUGUUUUUCUGUGUUCCCUGCUUUGUGGUUGAUAAAUAUUUCUGAGUGGUAGUUUUCCGACAGGUAGACCAUGUCUUCUUAUCUUGUUUCAAAAUAAAUAUUUCUGAUUUUGUAAAAUGAAAUAUAAAACAUGUCUCAGAUCUUCCAAUUAAUUAGUAAGGAUACAUCCUUAAUCCUUGCUAGUUUAAGCCUGCCUAAGUCACUUUACUAAAAGAUCUUUGUUAACCCAGUAUUUUAAACAUCUGUCAGCUUAUGUAGGUAAAAGUAGAAGCAUGUUUGUACACUGCUUGUAGUUAUAGUGACAGCUUUUCAUGUUGAAAUUCUCGUAUCAUCUUGUAUCCGAAAGUUUUGUGCGAGUUUUUAACUGUUAAGAUGAUUAAGAUGUAUAUAGGAUAAACUGUUAAGUCUUUCCUCUGCGUUUUUUUGUUUGUUUGUUUGUUUGUGGGUUUUUUUUGGUGUCUUGACUAGUAAUAUUAUUAGAUACUUCUGAUAUAAAUGUUCUCUCAAGAUCCUUUAAACCUCUGGGAAAUUAUGAAAUACUGACAAAAAAAAAGAAUAGUUAUUUAAAUAUGAAAGAGAAAAACAAGAAAACUCAAGUAAGAGUUGAUAUGGGUAAAAAAAGUAGAAGUUUAAAAAUGCUUCCUAGAACACCCAGAGUGUAUAUUACAGGAUUCCUGUGGCCGACGUGUCAGAGGUGAGUGAAGCAUUUUACUGCAAAGUUUGAGAGUGAAACUGUUCAAAGUUAUAUUUUCAUUGUAUUUUCUAAGAGAAAGAGUAUUGUUAUAUUCUCCUAACCUUUGUUGAUUACUACUUUAAGUGAUAUUCAUUUAAAGCAUUGCACAUUUAAAUGAGAAUUUUAAAAAUUGAAUGAUGACCGUCCUGCUUUUGUUUUGUUUUGUUUUGCUAUAUAAAUCCUCAGUUCUUCGCCUUUGCAGUGUCCUCUACUUCGGUUUGAUUGCAUAGUCAUUAAUUGAAUUUGACUCAGAUAGUCGGAACUUUAAAGCACUCUACAAGGAGAGAAAAGUAUUAAAAUGUUUUAAAUAUAUUUUC